AUGAAUGAAGGCCUGACGCCGUGACCUUCAUCACAGCGGGUGCAGCACGCCCCCUGGCGGCUGAGCUCAACCACAGGAAGACGGAAGCAGAUGGCGAACGCUUGCAAACACAUCGCUUGAUUCACCGAGGAGGGUACAAGGGCAUGAGCAAAGAGCUAGGGACUAUGAUUUCUGUGGAUAGCUGAUAAAUCACAGUGUAUUACCUCUUUACGUCCACUCAGCGUUACUGUAAAUCUUACAUUAACGUUUGACGCAUUUUCAUCCACACAGACGGGAACAGAAUGGCAUCGAUUUUGCUCACCAGAUCUCGGACUCAUUUACUGAAAACAUCUAAGUCAUUAAAGAACGAAUUCAGAAAAGGAAAGUUAUCAGAAAGCACAUGCUUUAACUGCACUGCGCUGCGGUUGGCCACAAACAGCAGUUGUGGUGUUCUUGGAGGCGGUGUCUGGCCCCAUGCAGCAUCUGUCCUGUACCUUGACAAUUCCUCAGCACUUCAGCGCCGCUUGUCCGGAUCACCUCGUCUGUACUGUGCCAUCUUAGUACCUGACCCUGCCCUGCCUAUCCACACCCACUCCACGAACCCCAGUACGCUAGCCUGGCCACAGAACACCCAAGUCCGAUGGCUACAUACUACAGGCCGUCUCCAUGAUGAUUCGAAGGUAGAACGUUCUUUACGUUCACUGAAGGAUCGGAAUAUAAAGCUUGAGGAGGGUGGACCAGUGUACAGCCCGACGGUAGAUGAUGAGCCUGUGAGACGGACAAUACGUCAACGUGUGAUUGAUGAGGUGAAGCAUUACUAUCACGGGUUCCGCCUACUAUGGAUGGAUACGACUAUUACGGUACGGAUGCUGUGGAGGGUGCUGAAUGGACACAUUCUGUCACGCCGAGAGAGGAGACAGUUCCUGAGGACGUGUGCAGAUGUCUUCCGGCUUCUGCCCUUUCUGGUCUUUAUCAUCGUUCCAUUUAUGGAGUUUCUGCUUCCUGUUGCACUGAAACUUUUCCCUAACAUGUUGCCGUCCACCUUUGAGACACAGUCCAAAAAGGAGGAAAGACUAAAGAAGGAGCUGAGAGUGAAGUUAGAGAUGGCCAAGUUCUUGCAGGACACAAUUGAGGAGAUUGCACUAAGAAACAAAGCAGCCAAAGGCAACGUUACCGAGGAGUUCUCCACUUUCUUUCAGAAGAUCCGUGACUCGGGAGAAAGACCCAGUAAUGAGCAGAUCAUACGUUUCUCUAAGCUGUUUGAAGAUGAACUGACUUUAGAUAACCUGACACGGCCGCAGCUGGUGGCUCUGUGCAAGCUUCUGGAGCUGCAGUCCAUCGGCACCAACAAUUUCUUGCGCUUUCAGCUCAUCAUGAAACUCAGAGCCAUCCGUGCAGACGACAAGCUGAUAGCAGAGGAAGGAGUGGACAGUCUGAAUGUGAAUGAGCUGCAGGCAGCGUGUCGUGUGAGAGGGAUGAGAGCUCUGGGGGUGACGGAGGAGAGACUCAGAGAGCAGCUUAAACAGUGGUUGGAGCUUCACCUCAAUCAGCACAUCCCCACAUCUCUGCUGCUGCUGUCCCGAGCUAUGUUCCUGCCAGACACGCUGUCCCCUGCGGACCAGCUUAAAACCACACUACAGAACCUGCCAGAGAUUGUGACUAAAGAGGCGCAGGUGAAGGUGGCAGAGCUGGACUUCUCUAAAGUGGAUAACAAAACCAAGCUGGAGGCCACGCUGCAGGAAGAGGCAGCUAUCCAGCAGGAAAACAGAGAGCGGGAGCUGGAGAGACUGGCGGAUGCUGCAGAGAAAGAAAAGGAGCAGGCCGCACGGGAGGCUGAGGUGGUGGAGAUGGAAGCAGAACGACGGGUGGAUGCAGAGCAUGCUCUCUCCAGUGUAGACGUGGCCAUCCAUUCAGAAACACUACGAGAUACUGCACCAGUGCUAGAGGGCAUUAAGUUCGAGCAGUGGCAGAGGUAUCUGCGCAUUCAGGGGGAGGAGAUCACGAAGGAAGAGAUUGACAUGCUGAGUGACGCCUGCACCAAACUGAAGGAGCAGAAGAAUCUCCUCACCAAAGAGAAAGAGGAGCUGGAGGACCUGAAGGAUGACGUGCAGGAGUACAGUGAGGACCUAGAGGAGAUCAAGCGAGAGCUGUCCAGAACAGGACAGGAGAAAGUGGUGGAGGAGUCUAAAGCAAGCCAACUUCUGUCGAAGCGGGUCAACCGCAUGAUUAGCAGAAUGGAUAAGAUCAUCACUGAGCUGGAGAAGGACAAGAUUGUUCUAGAUGGACAGAUGGACAGUGAGACCACACCGCCAAUUGGAUUGUUCUUUGAGAAACAUAGUGACUUGCCAAGGGAGAACCUGAUAAGCAUCAACGAGCUCAUUGGAGUCAUGAAGCAGAUCCAGAACAUCCCUGAACACAAGCUGCUCAGCAUCGCAGAUGCACUCGAUGAAAACAAAGAUGGCAAGAUAGACAUUGAUGACGUCUUAAAGGUGGUAGAGCUGAUCGAUAAGGAGGACAUCGAUAUCUCCACCAACCAGGUGGCAGAGAUCAUGGUGAUGCUGCAGAAGGAGGAGAAGCUGUUGGAGAAAGAGAAAGCCAAAGAGAAGGUUGAGAAGGAGCAGGCAGCUAAAAUCCAAAACUAGACUUUCCAUGUAGGGAAUGGAAAAGAUCCUGAAGCUUUUGAAGAUUUUCAGGUUCAUUAAUAUGUGUUAAGAAGCUUCAGAGCGAGACUGAAAACAGUGCUGACGUCCCUUAUUGAUUCGGGUGUGUGUAUAUUUAGAACAAAGAACAAACUUUGCUUUGUUCAAGGAAGACCGUUGUAUAAUUAAUGAAUUAAGAUGUUUAUUUAUUAAUAACAUUAAAAAAGUGAUGCACUACGGAGCCCUACACAUGACAUACAGAAAACAAUAGAAAUGAAGGCCACGAAUUAAAAAUGUGUUCCUUUGAUUUAGGUAAGUAAUCCCCAAGUUUAACUAAAUUAGAAGGAAGGAGAUAAAUAGUACAAUUUAACUAAGUAAGAACGAAUUAAAAUGUGUGAACGAUUUCUUAAUUCAUGGCCAUCCUAUCGUUUAUUAGUCAUGUGUGAGGCACCGAAAGAAAAUGCGUUAAUUUAUUCUCAAAAAAGACCCUCUUAAAGGUGAAAUGUGUCAUUUCUGGCACAAAACGGACUGUUUGUUUGAGCUGCUUUGUUGAGCUGGUCAUUAUAACAUCAGCGCGACCAAUAACAGGAGUUUGGGGUGGAGCUAUCUUAGUGUAACAGAAAUGGCGCACUUCAGCUGUAAGAUGCAAAAACUUACCAACUUUUUUCUCAUGAUUUAACACCCUGGCGGUGAUGUAAUUUCCUGUGAUCUGAGGACAUCUCCUCUCUUUGCACAUCACAUCACCUGUCACCAUCAUUCCACUACUCGUCCAGUUUUAUUCUGUUGCAGUUUUAUUUUUCAGUUAAAUCUUUGAGAUUCUUGAAUUUCACUCAGAAGAUGUUGAUAUCACUCUCAAGUUUUUUCAAUAACCAAAGAAGCUGUGUUGCAGAUCUUCUGCUUCAUUCACACAUGUACGAGCCACCAAGCACUGCGGCUUUGUAGCUUCUGCACGGACUUGAAGAUGGUGGCUGAGACUAAUUUGAUUUAUUUCGCUCCUAUCUUGAAUUGAUUUCAGCAUCACAUUUACAUUGUGGUCUUCAGUAAUUGAAAUCCCUUGUCCAAAGUAAACUCAAGGGAUUAACUUGAGAUAAUAUAGCUGUAUAUCAUUGCUAGUAUUUGCAUUGUUUACUAGCAGGAAAUAUCCGUCUCUGUUAGCUAGCUUGGGCUAAUGAUAGAUGAAGUGUGUUUGUGGAUGUCUGUAUGUGCUGGGAACCUAAAAGGGAAAAGAUGGAGCUCAGUGCAGACAGAAUCCGGGUACAGCUCAGCCUACAGUCUUUAUGUGACCUGGAUCAUCCCUCUCUCCUUACAUGGAGAUAGUGGCAGCAGUUCGUCUCGUAACAGAGUACCUACAGUAACUGGAAUGUGUCCAUCAGCAUGAGACUCGCACACUAGGCUAGCAUAGUUUCACAGGGCACAUAAGGCAGGAAAUACAUCAUCUGAACCCUAAACAUGUCAUAGUGAGGGACCAGCAUGUCUAACCUCAAAACGCUGACCGAGAGUCUGGGUGCCUAUUUCACAUUGUGUCCCUUAAAAGAAUAGUUCACCCAGAAAUUAAAGAUUUUCUUUUUUUUUUUAUGUAGAACACAAAAUUAUAUGUUUAACAGAAUGUUCAUGCUGCUCUUUUCCAUUCAAGAGAAAAUAAGUCAUAAAUGUUUAUAACCACAUGAGGGUGGGUAAAUGUUGACAGAAUUUUCAUUUCUGGGUGAGUUGUCGGUAACUUACCUAUAGAAGUCUCCAAGUACAGUAAUGGCAUUUAAGCCUUCAAAUAUUUUCAUGAAUUAGUAUUAAUUUACCGUUUGCUAGAAAAAGUCCAUGAAUGUUCAAGUAUUUUAUGCUGACGUGUAAUUGCACUAUAAUUAUUGAGAGCUUUAUUUUUUGGCGUGUUGAUCUAGACUCAGAAAGAUGCAUGUAAUGUCUGAUUGCACACCGAGAGAUAUUUUGAGGAAACGUACACUUGAAUUUUUUAAGUGGUAGAGGGGACGAAGUGAGAAUAUUGCGGAAAAGUAUAAAGAUACCUUGCUUAUUUGUGUUUUGUUUAGCAAUUUUAAAAAGAGUUUUCAGAUUCAUUCAUAACAGAUGGUGCAUGUGCACAUAUAAGUGAGCACAGCUGGAAGAGAGUAAAUCUAUUGAUGUAAUUGCCCUUGGAACCUCAUUUACUGCUUAAGCUAAUUGAAAUGUAUUUGAUUUAUUAUAUAUUUUCCCCUUUUAAGGCCAGUACAUUUAGUCUUUCAAGGUUUUUUUUUUUUCUUUGACCGUCCUGCAUUUUAGAAGGUUCAAAGCCUAAAUACUGUUAUGCUAAUUAACUAAAUAAUCUGUGAAAAUGAGAGUGCUAUGUGCAAAAAAAGGAUAAAAAAAAGAAUUUUAUUUUAUUGUUCAUACUACCUAUGUAAAUAUACUAUUUACAUACAAGUGGGUACAAAGUCAAAUAAAAUGAACUGAUCUUUAAGUUGAAUAUUAUCUUUUUCUUUAUUUCUGUCUCUAAUCCAUGUGCAUCUGCAUGUUUCAUAUAUCUUAUUUUUUGUCUUCAUCAUUCAAUUGCUUUAACAUCUUUUCACCCUCCCUGCUGCAUUAUUCACCUGUUACCACUGACAGCAUGGUAUCAGAUCCAACCUAUCUUCUCUGUAGUAAUGAUUAAAUAAAUUAAUUUGACUUUUAAUUUCUUUAACUUCAGUUUCAUAUGGUUAUAUAAUAUGAAUAUAAGUGUAACUUGCAUUUAAAUCCAGUAGCCAGUGCACAGAGAACACAGGUUUAAAGCACACUAAAACUGAACUAGACUAGUAUGAAAUUAAAUGACACUUUAUUAAGAAAUCGAGAUCGCCAUGUUUGCAUGUGAGGCUGCAGACAGGUAUUCGGAGCACUUGACUAUUAUUAUUAUUAUUAUUAUUAUUAUUAUUACCGUUUUGAAAAUGGCUUGCCCUUCUCUUAUAAUGCAACAGAACUGCUACAUGGUUUGUUUCAUUACUUGACUGUUAAGGAUCUGGUAUAUGAUUUAAAUGUAAUAUUUAUAGAUGCAAGUCUUGGGGUACGAUAAAACAUUGAGGUUAUUCAUAAUAAUUUUGUUUGAGUAAAAAUUAGCUAAAUUUGCCAGACCACUAGGUGGCGCUAUAGUUUUAGAUGAUAAAAGUAAUCACAGCCAUGUCAACAUAUUUGUAACUCUGCAAUUCUGUUCUUUAUGUCAAACCCGGUGUGGUGCAUCAGUUAAAUGCUAAUGUUCUACAUAAUUACCACACCAGUUCAGCGUACCGUGCUUUUAUAUGAGCAGAUCAUACACUUUCAGAAAAAAGGUAUAAAAGUUGUCACUGGUGUGGAACCUUUUAAAAAGGUGCUAAUGUGUACAAUUUAGAUCACAGGUACACUUGAAGAACUAAUGUGUACCUUCAAAGCGCUAAUAAGCACCUUUUAGGAGUAAAUGAGGUACAAAGAAAAAAAAAAGUACUGCUUCAUUGACAGCUUCUGUACCUUUUUUUUUUACAUUUUUUUUUCUGAGAGUGUACUGACAACAGACUGUGACGAGUAUUCAUAUAAACACUACCAAUACAGAAAACAGUCAGCUUAUAAUAAACGUCUUAAAUUCAAACAGUCGGACACCCAGACUAAAAAAUGACUUAAAAUUAUGCCGUCUACAAUAAUAACCUGUGAGGACUUGAAGAGGGCUGAAUAGCUGGAGGGAGAGCCACAGUAAAUCACACUGCCCUGUAAGUAAAGCCAUGUGGGCCGGUAAGAGGACACUGCUCUGUGUAAAAGAACUUCUUGUUUGUGCUGACACGAGUUCAACAGCUCUUCUCUGGCCAGCCACUGCGAGAGUCUUUAGUUUAGGUGUGUAGCGCGGUGAAAGAUUACAUCUGAUGUAUGUAUUGGAUGUUGUUUGGAGUCACUUUAUAGACAUAACAGUGCUGAGAGCAAUCUAAAACAUUAAAUGCAUGCUUUGUUUAUGUUCAGUAAGAUACUCUGUCUCUCUUUCUCUCAAUCUCUCCCUUUUUUUGUAUUCUAUAUAGAAAUAUGUGAGAAGACAUGGAGAACUUGCUCAUCUGCAACACACUAUUGCUUUAUGUAAUUCGCUUAUUCUCAGUAUGUAACAAUCUUUGUAUUUUCCAAUGCACAGAUGCUGAUAUGUUCAUAUAGCACUAUAUGAAUAAUUUUAAUGAAUUUGAUUUUGAUAUUUAUUUAAAACAAAUGUUUACUAACAGACAUAAAUCACAUAAAAAAAGGAUUUGUACAGAAAAUAUCUGACCAAUCAGAACAGUUGGGAGUCGGGCUUCCUUAUUGUUAGACCAUUUGGGAUGUUUUUUAUUUUUUUAGACACCACUACUGACACAUUUGAUUAGCUGUGUUUCUUAAAAUUGUCUAGAAAGAUGGUGCUUGGUUGGUUUUCUUUUUUUCAUAUAUUUGGACCACAGAAUGUUUGAGAGUAUGUGUGAAGUAUUACCAUCAAACAGAAGUCAUUAAUCAUGCUGUAUCACUGUAGCAGCUGUAUAUUCAUAUUGCACUGUACUGAAUGGCAGUAGAUUUUUCACAUAAGCUCUUUCACUGUCCUGAGAGAUGCCAGUUGAAUGUACUUUGGUGCAAUGAAAUUUUUUUUUUGUUUGUUUUUUAGAUUGGGUACAGAUAUGUACCAGAUUUUUGCUAAAUAAAAAAGCCAAUAAUAAAUUGUCAUUGUGUGCAUACACAAACAUACA